UUGGUCCCUUCCGGUAAUUGAAAGGACUGGGCGUCAGGGAGUGGGAGGAGAGAGAGCUUCCCUCCAUAAAUGGCCCCACCCCUGGGCAAGGUGGCUCACUUUGGCAGGUAGCAACGGGGGAGUGUGCACCUGCCACCAGUCGAGCUCAGCCUGACUGUGAGAAGAGGCAAGGCGGAGAGCCAAGGGAGUGAGUGAACCAUGGACAGAUUGAAGUGCCCGAGCUUCUUCAAGUGCAGAGAGAAGGAGAAAGUGACGGCUUCAUCUGAGAACUUCCAUGUUGGUGCAAAUGAUGAAAAUAUGGACCGUGGCAACUGGUCCAAAAAAUCAGAUUAUCUUCUAUCUAUGGUUGGAUAUGCAGUGGGAUUGGGAAAUGUGUGGAGAUUCCCAUACCUGACCUACACCAAUGGUGGAGGUGCUUUCUUGAUACCCUAUGCAAUUAUGCUAGCAUUGGCUGGUUUACCUUUGUUCUUCCUGGAAUGUUCAUUGGGUCAGUUUGCUAGCUUAGGUCCAGUUUCAGUUUGGAGGAUUCUACCAUUGUUUCAAGGAGUGGGAAUCACGAUGGUCCUGAUAUCCAUUUUUGUGACAAUCUAUUAUAACGUCAUAAUCGCCUACAGUCUUUACUACCUGUUUGCUUCUUUUCAAAGUGUACUACCAUGGGCCAAUUGUUCUUCUUGGGCAGACAAUAACUGUAACAGAUCACCAAUUGCAGUUGGAUGUAAUGUGAGUACAGGAGCAGGAGAGAUGUUUAUGAAUAUAAGCUGGGUAAAUAUCAACAACUUGACCUGCUUGAAUGGUAGUGAAGUUUUUCGGCCAGGACAACUUCCCAGUGAACAGUAUUGGGAUAAAGUGACACUUCAGCGGUCAAGUGGAAUGGAUGAAACUGGAGGAAUUGUGUGGUAUUUAGCACUUUGUCUUCUUCUAGCUUGGCUCAUAGUUGGAGCAGCAUUGUUUAAAGGCAUAAAGUCCUCUGGCAAGGUGGUAUAUUUUACAGCUCUUUUCCCAUAUGUGGUUCUCCUCAUUCUGUUAAUACGAGGUGCAACUUUGGAGGGAGCAUCAAAAGGCAUUUCAUAUUACAUUGGAGCACAGUCAAAUUUUACAAAACUCAGAGAAGCUGAGGUUUGGAAAGAUGCUGCCACCCAGAUAUUUUAUUCCCUUUCCGUGGCUUGGGGUGGCCUAGUCGCUCUAUCAUCUUACAACAAGUUCAACAACAACUGUUACUCUGAUGCCAUUGUAGUUUGUUUGACAAACUGCCUUACUAGUGUGUUUGCUGGGUUUGCUAUUUUUUCUAUAUUAGGACACAUGGCUCAUAUAUCUGGAAAGGAAGUCUCUCAAGUUGUAAAAUCAGGUUUUGAUUUGGCAUUCAUUGCCUAUCCAGAAGCUCUAGCCCAACUCCCAGGUGGUCCAUUUUGGUCUGUAUUAUUUUUCUUUAUGCUUUUAACAUUGGGUCUGGAUUCUCAAUUUGCUUCUAUUGAAACAAUUACAACAACAAUUCAAGAUUUGUUUCCCAAAGCAAUGAAACGCAUGAGGGUUCCUAUCACUUUGGGUUGCUGCUUGAUUCUGUUUCUUCUUGGUCUUGUCUGUGUGACUCAGGCUGGAAUUUAUUGGGUUAACUUGAUUGAUCACUUCUGUGCUGGAUGGGGGAUUUUGAUUGCAGCUAUCUUGGAAAUUGCAGGAAUCAUCUGGAUUUAUGGAGGGAAUAGAUUCAUUGAAGACAUAGAAAUGAUGAUUGGAGCAAAGAGAUGGAUAUUCUGGCUCUGGUGGAAAGCUUGCUGGUUUGUCAUCACACCUAUAUUGUUGUCUGCCAUUCUAGUCUGGUCACUGGUGAAAUUUCACAGACCUAAGUAUGCUGACAUCCCAUAUCCUGACUGGGGGGUUGCUCUAGGCUGGUGUAUGAUUAUUUUCUGCAUUGUUUGGAUACCAAUUAUGGCAAUCAUAAAAAUAGUUCAGGCUGAAGGAAACAUCCUGCAGCGUAUCAUAAGCUGCUGUAGACCAGCAUCUAAUUGGGGCCCAUACCUGGAAAAACAUCGUGGGGAGAGAUACAAAAACAUGGUUGAACCUGCAAAGGAAACUGACCACGAAAUACCUACUAUUAGUGGCAGUAGAAAACCAGAAUAAGAUAUCCCUAUUGAAAAUAUCUGAUUGUUAUACAAUGUGAUUUGUAGAGUAGGGGAUUUUUUUAUUUAUUUGUGUGUCAAUCAAGCAGGUAAAUAUACAUGUCACACUCAGUAUAGAGUUGUUAAGUACUUUUUUAUCCAAUCAAGAAUGAAAUAUAAAAAUGUGAAUUUAUGAAUGUUUAAUAAUGUGCUUGUUUCCCUUAAGGAUUAGCUAUUUGUUAAUACAUAUACCCAGUUCUGUUUUACAAUGACAUUUUGUAAAUAUUACUAACAUUUCUUUUUUUUUUUUUUUUAGUAUACUGGUUUCCUGUGAAGUAGUGAUGCUUUGUACUUGGCGAUUUAAACAACAUUUGUUUCACUAGUCUUAAUGCACUUUUCUGAUUCAUAGGAUGGGCAAACAAUGAGUCAGUGUAGUUACAGGCAAGUGUUACACGAGUGAAGUAUCAUGUAUAAAAGUCACAAAUGGGGCUUGGAAAGAUUGCUCAAUGGUUAAGAGAUCUGGCAGAGGAUGUAGGUUCAAUUCUCAGCAUCCUCAUAGUGACUAAUACUAUCUGUAACUCCAGUUCUAAGGCAUCCAAUGUCUUCUUCUGACCCCCAUGACACUGAAUGCAUAUGGUUUACAUACAUGCAGGCAAAACACCUAUACACAGAAAAUAAAAAUGAAUAUCUU